UCUUCCAUUUCGCAAGAUCGUCAACACCGCGUUACAGAAAAUAUAGCAUCACCUGACAUGGCAUCCCAAGCCGUCGAGAGCCACCGUGUGGGUGCGGAGAUAUUCCGCGGCGACGACGCCAUGUGCAGGAAGAAGUGCGUGGAGGUGCUGGAGGAGCUGGGCCUCCCCACGGGCCUGCUGCCCCUGGAGGACAUGGAGGAGUUUGGGUACAACCGCGCGGCCGGCUUCAUGUGGCUGCUGCAGAGGAAGAAGACGGAGCACACGUUCAAGAAGGUGAAGCAGACGGUGUCGUACGCCGGCGAGGUGACGGCCUUCGUGGAGCCGGGAAGGCUGAGGAAGAUCGCCGGCGUGAAGACCAAGGAGCUGUUCCUGUGGCUCAGCGUGGUGGAGGUGUAUGUUGAGAGCGUGACGGCCCCUGGUAAGGUCACCUUCAAGACCGGCACCGGUCUCUCCGAUACCUUUGACGCAGCUGCUUUUGCACUUGGAGAAUGAGUAGUUGUGUUGUGCUAUAUAUAGUUGCACAAGUCUGUGCCAGAUACUUAUAAACCGUUGCGAUGCUUGUAAGCUGUCCGUCUUGUUCCUUGCCUGAAUGAAUAAAAGUGUCCAGUUCCUGCCUGCCUCCUAUGCAAUUCAGCACUGCGAGACCAAAGGCAAAUCCUAUUCCCCCGAGCAAAUGCACAGCACUGAGGAGCUCUCUGUGCCGGCCAGCUGUUGGGCUGCCGAUUUUAUUUUCAUUUUAUAUUUCUUUUUCCCAUUUUGGUUUUCUUCACAAAAAAAAAUAU